GUAAUAUGGUCCUAUCUAUGAAUAAUAAAUAACUAGAUUUGGCUGCCUUGACCAUGAGAAUUGCUCAGCGAAGCAUGAUAUUGAAAAAAUGAAAUAAUAAAAGGCUGCUGUUACUAAAAGGUCCUAGCCAUGGUUUGUGCAUGAAUACAUAACCCGGUUCCUCUGAUAACGAGGCUUGUUUUUGUUUACCGACCGUUUUCCACCUGUCCAAUCCGAUCCACGACGCCAUCCAUCAAACAUUAACUCACCCCCUAACCAUCCUCUCGACCCCAAAACGACACCAAUCUCGACAAUGGCCACUCCUCCGAUUCCCCCCAACCGCCUCAAGCAGAUCGCUACCGACGCUUGCAACAGCGCGAUUGGAAGCGCUGAAUUCUACGAUCAUGACAAGACCGAGCAAUGGAACUCAACAAUCAUUAGCUCUGUUCUGAAAGCCGUCAUCUCCGAGUCAACCCCCGAGGGCGCUUCUGCUCCCUCGUUCAAGUUCGCAUGCAACAGCACCAUCGUGCAGCACCUCGUCCCUACGUCCGCCCUGAACAAGCCCCGUGGUGGCACCGAGAUCAAGGCUGAAGAGCCUCACAUUUCUACGAGCUCCGAAGCGACUGCCACUGACGGAAAGCCCCAUGUCGGUCGGCGAGGAAUGCACAGUGCCACAGGCGCCUACUGGGACCAGAAGAAGGACGGCAUGUGGACCUUCAAGUAUGAUGGCGGUGAGGGCAAGGGCCUCGAUGUAGUUGUUAUGCUCAUCUGGGUCGCCAUUUGAACUCCCAAACGGGCAGUGGACGGUCAGGUGUUUUCGUCUUGUUCUAGCCCCAAGUCUGCUCUCUGCGGACGUGGAUGGCACCCUAAUUCAGCUAUGGCGUUGAGGGACUUGGAAAGCGUGACAUUAGGAAUACGAAGGGUAUGAUGAGGCUUUUGGUCAAGCUAUCCGCCGACGACUUUAGUAUCCAUGCAGACCUGGGAUGUAAAAAUACGCUGGAGUUGGUAAUAUUCUCCAAAACCAGGGGGAUUGGGAUCAGCCAAGUUUCUUCUUUUCAUGGGACUGUAUGCUUUGCUGACCUGAGGUUGGAAUUAUAUAACUAAAAGACAGUGUUUUCACACACAUCUCGAUGAUCAAGGGUCUUUUUUGCUUCUUUGUGUGCUCGUCAACAGUUUUCUCAACUGUCGCGGCAAAUACUCCUCUGUUGUCCAAGAACGUAGCAAAGUUACAAAUUUCAGCUCGAUUGUGCUUAUCAUAGGCAAUACUCCCGAA